UCUCCCUCUCUCUCGCACUCACACACUCUUUACAGGAACGCCUGUUGCUGUCUGUGUUGCCAAGGCAUGUCGCCAUGGAGAUGAAGGCUGACAUCCACGCCACGAAAGAAAACAUGAUGUUCCACAAGAUUUACAUCCAGAAGCACGACAACGUCAGUAUCCUGUUUGCAGAUAUUGAGGGCUUCACUAGUUUGGCGUCACAGUGCACGGCUCAGGAGCUGGUCAUGACCCUGAACGAGCUCUUCGCCCGCUUCGACAAGCUGGCCUCCGAGAACCACUGUCUGCGGAUCAAGAUCCUGGGCGACUGUUACUACUGUGUGUCAGGGCUGCCCGAGCCCCGGGCUGACCACGCUCACUGCUGCGUGGAGAUGGGUGUGGACAUGAUCGAGGCCAUCUCGACCGCUCCCAAGCCUAAAUCACUGGCAUCCGUAUGCACCUGGAAGAUGAAUGCGGGCACCGGACCAGCCGGCCCACUGAAACUGGACGACUUCGAUGAGAAGACAGUUGCCACGGUGAUAGGAGAGCUGAGGCCGCGUGCAGUGCAGCUG